UAAAUAUCUAAACACAAAUAUCUCAACCUACAUCACUUUUUGCUUUUCCACUUUCUCUCUCUCUCUCUCUCUCUCUCUCUCUCUCUCUUUCCCAAUGUACCAUAAGCAUCAACUCCCUUGUUUGCAUUGCCAGCCACAUGACUACAUUAGAAUGGUUCAACAUAUGAUAGAGAGGUGCCUGCUCUUUCAGAUGAGCAGAGAUGACUGUGUCAAGGCACUUGCAAAGCAUGCCAAGAUUGAACCAAUCAUCACCCUAACAGUUUGGAAAGAGUUGCUUAAAGAGAACAAGGGGUUCUUUCAAGCAUACUUCCAGGCUAAUUCUCCUAGGCAGUUCAACAAUUGGUCCACUCAAAGCAUGGCUACUUUCAGAAGAAGAAGGCAUUGGCGUUGACUCAGAGCAAUAUGAUCAUCAAAAGCGCUAUGAAUGAACUUCUAGUUAAAGACAUAGUUAGAAAUUUAAUCAAGUGAUAAGGAACUGGAGAGACCUCUGCUGCAGCCUGCAGAGUGUAGAAUAUUGAGUACAAUCUGCUGGGUCCUUGUUAUUUCAAGUAUUCACCUACUGGUAAAAUCAGGCAGACUAGGAUAAUGUAGCAGGUGAUAUUUAUGUUGUACUUCAAGACUUAUUAUUAUGACUGCUGUAUAAAGAGUUGCAUACAUGAAUGAAUGGAUGAUAAAAGGCAAUGCUUAGUUCUUAAAAAUUAGCAUAAA